AUGCCUCGAUUCCUCCUCAAUCGGCCGUUUCUAGCUGCCGCCAUCGCAAUAUGCACCGUCCUCUACCUGUCUUUCUUCUCGCUGCAGCGCCUGGACUGGCCUCUCAACCUGUUCGACAACAACAGCGACCGACAGGUUGAGACGUUCGAUUUCCAGGACAUAGCCGACGAAAAGCGAUGCUUCGACCGGGGUGCGGCGUCAUCCUCCACGCCCAUCCCCAAUGUUGUCCACGCCAUUUGGCUGAACAACCCCAAUAUGACUUUUAUCAGCUACCUUGCCCUCCGAUCGGCGCUAAUCUCUCUCAGGCCCGACAAGCUGAAACUGCACUACACCGCCUCGUUCAACGAGGAUAAUGUCUGGUUCCAGAAACUGCGCAACAAUCUCACGCUCGUCUACCACGACUUGGCCGCGGAAUACCCGGAGCAGCUCCGGCAGCAGUGGCAGGUGACACAUCUCGCGGACGCGCUCCGGCUGGACGUCAUCCGCCAGGAAGGCGGUAUCUACAUGGACAUGGACGUGAUCGUGCUCCGCUCGUUUGACAAUCUGCGGCACUGCGAGAGGGACGUCCUGCUGGGGUACGAGGGCGGGGACCGCCACGGGCUGUGCAACGCCAUCAUCGUCGGGCGCCAGAACGCAUCGUUCAUCCGGCGCUGGAUCGACAGCUACAGCGAUUUCGACAGCAAGAAAUGGAACUACCACUCGGUGAUUCUGCCAAAGGAACUCGCGCAGGAGCAUCCUGACGAGAUCUGUCCGCUGUCGCCGACGGCCUUCUUCUGGCCGACGUGGACGGAGAAGCAUAUCCGCUAUAUGCACGAGCCUAUUAGCGAGGCCGAAGCGAGGGACCUCGAGAGGACGAUGGACGCUAAUGGCGGCGGGCUUAACACUACAUACUCAGUGGACCUUCAUAGUUCAUUCCGACAAAAGGAAGGGACUGGCCAGUCAUAG